GGCUUUCGCGAGGCAAGGCACGCUGAGCGUUCCGCUCCGCUCGCAGCGCAUUCCGCGUCGCCCCGAGUCCAUCGCGUCGUCGACGCGCGUCGCUCGAUACGCGCCCGAAUCUCGCCCGCGUCGGGACCGUACGAUAACGUCGCGAUAACGAGCGUUCCUCCGCGUGGGAGUGUCCUCCGUUGUGUCGAACGCGAGCUGUCAAACGGAGCACGGCGUGCUUCCUCUUGGACGGCGCGCAACCGAAAAAAGGAGCCGCGGCGCGCUCUCGAGGCGCGGCGUGUCACGUGCACGCGUCCUCGCCUGCACGUGACGUUCCCGCCACCCCCGCAUCCGUGGAUUUGAGCUGAUAAGCGCGAAAUAUGAAACAUUACGGCGCGUAAAACGAGUGCCGUCGAUGUCGUGGAUGUGCGGCUUGAUUCCCGCGGCUGUAAAUAUACUCGGGUAAGAACGUCACGUGGCGGUCGACACGAUGCUCCUCCGCCGACUAGCGGUGUUGCUGCUCCUUGUUGCUGCGCGGCCAGCCGCCAGUUACUUCAAUCUCUUCCUCACGCAGAUGGAGGUCCGCAAGUUAAUGGGAGUGUCAAAUGCAGAGUUAUUUUAUGUCAAGGAGGGCGUUAUAAAUGAGUAUGCCGUGAAAUUCAUUGUUCCUGUACCAGCACAACUUCAUAAACUCCACUUUACGUGGGAAAAUCUCGCCGGAAAACCGCUGCCAUACACGAUGUCCGUGGAUAUCAGCAAUCCUACGGCGCUAAGUAGUUCCCUGAACAUCUCUCAAGCCGGCGAUAUACCUCUCGCUGGCCUGCAGACGUGGGCCUUAUCGUUGCACUGUGGGCCCUACGACGCGGAGAUCGACUUGACUCUCCGAAUAAACGUCUCGCUAUCGCGGAGGAACACCACCUAUCUAGAAUUCAGGCGGAAAAAGAUCUGUCUAAAGGACAAGAGCUACAUCGAACCCGAGGAGGUCCUAGUCGCAGUCUCCGGCUCUACUACCGGUGGCCAGAUCUUUUACGCGGCGAUUGGUUGCGCGUGUGCAGUCAUGACGGUUAUUUUUAUUCUGGCCAUGAUGUAUUACGUGCGCAACAAGAAGACUACAAGGCAUCGAGAUCCCCUUCAGGAAUCCAGAGGUCUCAGCUCAGCAUGCAGCAUGGAAAGAAGUGCCGGAGUGGGACCUGCACAAACCUUUUUAUCGCCGGAAACACCGCCACCUGCGUCCGCUGCCUCAGGAUCGUCCUAUAGAAGACUCGAUGAUCGUCCUAGCAGAGAACUGCACGAAAGAAUCCAGGAAAUUACUGUACAAAGAUGCAGGGUACGUCUUCUUAGCAUUGAAAUGGAGGGAACAUUUGGACGCGUGUAUAGAGGUAGUUAUCACGAAGAGGGUGGCUUAUGUGAAAACGUACUUGUGAAAACUGCUGCUGAGCACGCAUCUCAAUCACAAGUGGCUCUUCUCUUACGAGAAGGCCUAGUCCUUUACGGACUCAAUCAUCCAGCACUGCUUCCGGUUCUCGGUGUCUCCAUCGAAGACAGAAGCGCGCCUUUUCUGCUUUACCCGCACACGGGUUAUAGAAACAUGAAGAGAUUCUUGCUAAGGUGCAAGUUAAGUAGCGAAGGGCCUCCAAGAGCUCUCACCACGCAGGAAGUCGUCGAAAUGGCACUUCAAGCCGCCAAAGGUGUACAAUAUCUUCACAGGAAGAGGAUCGUUCAUAGAGACUUGGCUGCUAGGAAUUGUGUUGUUGACGAUGACUUGAGAGUGCAGAUUACGGAUAACGCCUUGGCUAGAGAUUUAUUUCCGCAAGAUUAUCACUGCCUCGGCGAUAACGAGAAUCGUCCUAUCAAGUGGCUGGCGAUAGAAAGUUUACUCAGCAAGACCUUCACCACAGCUUCUGAUGUGUGGGCUUUUGGGGUUUUAUUAUGGGAGCUAACGACGUUGGCGCAGCAGCCUUACGUAGAAGUGGAUCCUUUUGAAAUGGCAUCCUAUCUCAGAGACGGUUACAGAUUAGCGCAGCCGAUAAACUGCCCGGACGAAUUAUUUGCGGUGAUGGCAUAUUGCUGGGCCAUGUCAGCGGAAGAGAGACCGACAUUUAGUCAAUUGAUUAUCUGCUUACAAGAUUUUCACACUCAGUUAACGCGAUACGUUUAAUUGAGCGUGGUUGUAAAAUAGGACUGGAUUUUAAGAUGUCUCAAUUUAAUUUCUGAACAUAUCGAAAUUUUUGUCGAAGGAAUAAUAUCGAAAAACUAAGAUAGGAAAGCUCUUUUGUAUAUACUAUUCUAGUAUUUAAGUACUCGCGCAGGUACAGCAUUUUUAUAGCAAUUGUAUAUAGGAUAAUCGAGUUUAAUGUAAUAUAUUGCAUUUUUCUUAAAAAAUGAUUCAAUUAAGUAUAGAUUUUCAAAGAAUAACCGCCAGUUAAAACGAAUUUAAAACAUAGAAUUUUAUUUAUUACGCUAUAAUUUGCAUAAAGCAUUGACAAAAUUUUAAUGAGUCUUGAUAAUAUCAAAUAUAAGAUACAGAAAAAAUCAUAUAAAAGAAAAUCAACUGAUAUAAAUCUAAAAUUUUUUAUUAUAGAUAUAUCGGAGAAUCUUUGCAAAAAUUUAAUCUUUUAUAGACCUUUUUAAAACUCUGGCCUAUGUUUCAGCGCUUUAUAAAAAUACUUUUUGUAUGUUCAAGAAAUUGGUUUUUACAAGACUUAUAAAACGGAUAUAUUGUAAUUUUCUAAUUAGUCUCAGGAAUAUAUUUUUAGUAGUGAUGUGUACUUUUACAAGACACUCUGUGUAACGACUGAGCACAACCUGUAGAAAUCGCGUGAAUUAUUCAUACUGUAAAAAAUUAAGACUGAAUUCUCACCUCUCGCGCGUUGCGUCACGUAUCUGGCGCUCGUUCGAUGUGAUAUCGUCCUUGAUUACCAAAACUAACGGCGAACAUACGUCAUCGUGCACUGCCACCAUCCCGUUUUCGGAAACUUGUAUUGCAUGUAGUGAAACGGAGCGGGCUUCUCGGCGAAUUCGAGCCAUGUGAUACGCGCUUUGUUUACCCACGUGAGUAUGUUUCGAGUGUGCCAAUAUGUUUAUUUUUUUUGUAUUUUUGUACAUAGUGUGUAUUUACUUAAUGUGUCUGCAUAUAUGCGUGUGCGUCAUGCCUAAAUAAAAAGAUCCUGUGUACAUAAUUAAUUGUGUAGCGUAAGAAACAUAUAAAUGUACAAAUCGUCCAAGCGUUACGAGCACAAUAAAUUUCUAUCUAUACCAUA